GUACCAACUCCUACUAGUACAAUUACUAGUACUUGGACUGGUACUGAUACCGAGACCACUACUGUUACUGCCUCUGAAGGUGGUACUGCCACUGUGAUCGUUGAAGUUCCAACUACAACAACUACCAUCACCAGUACAUGGACGGGUAAUGAUAUUGAGACUACUACAAUCUCUGCCUCUGAAGGUGGUACUGUCUCUGUGGUCGUCGAAGUUCCAACUCCUACUAGUACAAUUACUAGUACAUGGACUGGUACUAAUAACGAGACCACUACAUUGACAGCUUCUGAAGGGGGAACUAACAUUGUCAUAAUUGAAGUUCCUACGCCAACUACAUCUCUCACUUCCACUUGGACUGGUGAUUACACUUACACCACUACUGAGGUCGUUUCUGGUACUGAUGAAGUUAUCGUUGUCGUUCCUACUCCAACUACCAGCUUUACAUCCACUUGG